ACAACAAUACUUUUGCAAUGGAAUGUUGAGUGACACAAGGCAAGUCUGUAACGAAAAGACACAAAGCCAGUGUGUCCUGAACACAGAGAUAAGAGGAAGCCAAGCAAAGCGCAACAUACAGACUUAGCUGAAAAGCUGCCUGUGAGCGAGUGAGUGGACCUCGAAAAUGUUCAUAUUGUACCUGGCAGUGCUUGGCACUUUGGGUGCUGCUGCAAUGAGCCAGACUUUUACCAACUCUGGUGAGAUAAACAUCACUACCUGUCCCAUCACGUACUACGGGCACAAGUAUGAAAAAGUCCAUGUGGCAUUCAACAAUAGCAAAUUUGCACUUUGCUUCACCGGCACGUAUGAAGCUGCCAACCAGAACGACUGCAUACUUGUAUCGGGAGGAACGGCGGACAAUGGCAACUGGUCGGUACUCACGCAAGAAAUCCCCACCGGAUCGGGCAUUCAUCAAAUGUUACCAAGUCUGAAACAUAGGGGGCAAUGUGUCAAUGUUAUACCAUUGAAAGACAAUGACAAUUCUGAGAUUCAACAAGUUGAACUGGGUAACUUUGGAAAACAAGCAAUUUUGGCCAUCAAGACAUAUUCUGGAUACACAAAUGUUGAUCUUGUAGCAGACGUACAGGUUAAUGGCCACACGGUUUCAAAAUACGUCUUUCCAACCAAUGAAACCAGCAUGGGCGUCAUCAGGGACAUGAGUGGAUGCAGAAUGAGAGGUUUUGUUUACAUGACCAAUACCACCGUAAGCGACCCAUACAUUUGCUCAAGGGUGACCUGCGAUGUGAACGGCGUUGCCACCGCUGUCAGUGAAUGUCCCCCUAUGUAUCAUUGCCAGGGCAACGGGAGUUGUGCCUUCAACACCAUGUGCACUCUGACCGGUUCCACCGUCAUCGAUUUCGUCGGCCGUGUUCACGCCGUCCCCGACCGCUGUGGAUACAAUCUAAUGACGUCGGACGCUAUCCAAGAUGUCCGGAUCCACGGUGUUUACCGGGAAAGACGUCUUAAAGACGUCAGCUUCUUGGAUCAUGUGAUCCUGCAUCUGUCCAGCCAAGAUGUUAACAUUAUACUGUUGCAAGGUAGCAGAGUCAAGAUCAACGGCGAGCUGAGUGAAGUCUCAACUACAGCAAAGGUUGUCCACGGCGUGGAACUCUCCAAGGGCCAGAGCGGAGUGACUGCCAAAAUUUUAGGCUCUAACUAUACACUUUCUGUCUUCUUUGACGGCACCACAGCACAGAUUCACUUGAUGGGUGUAAAUGGCGGUGUUGUGCACGGCCUAUGUGGCAAUUCCUCUUUGGAUUUUAACCAACAAAGAGUUGCUGAACACAGCAUCACAGAGUGUGAGAUGCAACAUGAAGAAACCGAUAUGAUCAACUCCACAGCUACAACUGAAUGGUGUCAUAUCUUGUGGCAAGAUCCCUUCACCCAGUGCCACAUGCACAUCAACCCAGAGCCCUUUGUAUCAGCCUGUGUUGACAAUUUGAGCAAAUAUCCUGCAGUAGACGGUCUCAAGUGCCAUUUGGUGGAGGCCUACGUCCGAGCCUGCCACACCCAAGGCAAUGUCAGCAUUGACGGCUGGAGGUCGAUUGCUCAAUGCGAUGCUAGUCCUCAGGCUCUCUGCCAAGACAUGUACUGCAGCGACCAUGAGUUCUGCGGUCAAGGCUAUGACGGAGAAGCCCACUGUCAAUGCCGGGCCAUUUUUGCCUCCAAAUACAAAUCAAUGGAUGAGUUUGGUGAGCCGAUGGUUUGCAGCCAUUCGUCUGCAUCGAUCAACAUGUUCUGUUGCCUUCUGGCAGAGAAAGGCAUCGACUAUACGACGCUGCACCUUCAUGAUGAACAGUGCAAAGGUGACAUAGACAACGAAACCCACGUGGUGAAAUUCAGCUUCACCCGGGACAGCACUUGCGGUGCAAUCAUCACGGCAAACACCACCAAAAUAAGCUACCAAAACAUCAUUGCGACCCCUAACAUUUCCACUGUGGUGACCCGUUCCAACAAAAUGCUUAUGGAUUUCUCUUGCCAUUUUGAUCAACCAAACCUCGAGGGGAUGGCCAUCAAAAUGAUAGACAGCCCCGUGAUUAAAGAAUUCACGUCAGGAGAGUGGAAUUACACCUUAACUAUGGCAGCAUACACUGACCCUGACAGAACACAACUCAUAGAAUUAAGGACUAGUGUCCAGCUAAAUCAGAAGAUCUGGGUAGAGAUCAAGGCCUAUGGACUGGAUGGGAGUUCCAUUUUGCUGGUGACAGAGUCCUGCUGGGCCACCAAUCAGUCAGCUUCAAACGGAAGCCUUCGAUAUGACCUCAUCAGUGCAGGAUGUCCCAACCCUGCAGAUGGGACGAUCAAGAUCGAAGGCAACGGAGAAGGAACAUCAAACUACUUCUCCUUCAACACGUUCAAGUUCUCCGACAACAACAAUGAAAUGUUUCUUCAUUGCAAAGUAGAGCUGUGUGUCCAACAGGGAGACUCUUGCAGUCCGAACUGCAACAAUGCAGGGAGAAGACGGCGAUCUGUGCCUACCACUGUUGAUGAUGGAGGUCCUUCUAUCAUCACUAUGGCCUGGACUUAAGAGGAACUGCACAAACCCAUCAAUUUAGCGGUCAUCCUUGCUUUCUUAAUAAACUUCUUGUUGCUGCCAUGUGCAUUUUCUAUCCAAUGCUGGACUACCUGGUGAUUUCCAAAUAAGGUUACGCAACUGCUUCAAAUUUGUAGCCCUUUGCACUGCUCUAACAAAGUUACACUUCAUAUUCACAGUGACGCUGUUUGUAAGUAUUUAACGAAUACUCUGGUGAUAUCUUUGAGACAAUUUUCUGACACUUAGAUAAGAUAUUUACUUUUUUAUAUAAUACAGUACAGUCAAUAAUACUAAUUACAUGCAUGCAUACAUGACGCACAAUGUUCGCUAACAAAUGGAAGGAAUUGUCACUUUUGUUUUUCUAAUUAGCAGUAUAUUGUGGUUACUGUUGGUUUCAAGUUGAAUGUGUCAUUUAGGUGUUUGACUGGGGAGUCAUUAGGAACAUGUGUUGUGUUAACUUUGACUUGUUUGUCUGUGCAAUGCUUGCAUCAUGACAUGUUUGUUUCACACCUUUAAUUGCAGCAGCCAUGUAAUUAAGGGGCAUUGUGUUGCGUGCGUGUGUGUGUGUUUGUGUGACUGUUUCACACCUAAAUAUGAUGAAACAAAAACACAAAUGCUCGUUGUUGCUUUAAGUGUAAUAAAGUUUGUGCACAAGUACACAAUACAACAACUUCUUGUUGAGUGUACAUCGACACACAAGCACAAAUAAGAUCA